GUUUCAUGUUUCUACGACAUUCCUACAGGCUGCUAGGGCCGUUUUUGUGUCUCUAGGGGGCGCUAUGGCACCUAUGGGUAUAAUUUUUACACUGUAUCACAUUUUUCGCCGGACCUGACAUGUGUGCCACAUUUGGUGAGUUUUGGAGCAUGUUCAGGGGGUCACAAUCCAGGUGAAAGUGGCGGAGUAAGAAAAAUAAUAUAAAAACGAACGAAAAACAAUAGGGCCUUGCUUGCAGGUAACUUUCGGCUCGGUCCCUAAUUAAUAAGACUAAUUAAACUCUAUUAGCCUCAUUAACUCAGACCCAUUCAUUGAACCUGGACUCAGUUCACUCUGGUCUACAUCUGUGCCAUUGAUCUCAAACUCUGCGUGUUUUAUUACUGAUUAUUAUUUUAUUGGCUGAUAGACUCAUAUAUUGUGGUACCGGACGGUCACCUGUAAAAAUACAGAGUAUAAAUAUAAAGUAUUUGUACUCCGGCUCUGCUUGAAGUACUACAGACUCACAGACGCUCUGUAAUCCGACAGUCCCUGAACGCACCUCGAUCCAGGAAGUAACAAAGUUUGUUGCGGAUCCAUCCGAACUCAUCGGAACCCGGUCCACGGUCUGUCCACGGUCUGUCCACGGUCUGUCCGCGGUUUAUUCACGGUCGGUCCGUCCACGUGCCCCCGGGCCGUCCUUCCACCGGUUCGGUCCGGACUCCGUGGCGGGAGGCGCGCGGAGCCCCAAGCGGGCCUAGAUGUGGGACCAGGAGGGGUCCAUGUGGGACCAGGAGCGGACCAUGUGGGACCAGGAGGAGUUCAGCCGGCACUGGAGGUCCGAGUUCGGCUCGGACGCGGAGGUUCCGCUCAUGGAGCUGCGGACGGUGGCGGACAUGGAGGCGGAGCUGGCCGGCUGCCGGGCCCGGCUGAGGCGGCUCCAGGAGGCUCUGGAGCGGGAGAAGUUCAAGGUGGUCUACCUGCAGACCACCGUGGCCCGGCACAGGAGGGACGGACCCGCGGGUCCCGGGCCCCGGGCGGCGGAGGUCCUCGGCCACGGCGGGACCAGGUCUGGAGGUCGGAUGGGUAAACCGGUGCCCAUCCCGGCCCCCCCCCAGAGAGCCGCGUCCCUGGACGCAGGGGGGGUCCGGUCCGAGGACGCCAGCGACCGCGAGUACGAAGACCCGGAGCUGAACGAGAACUUCGUCCGGAGCAACCUGUUGGUCCCGGGGGGGUUGUGUCGAGACCCGGGCCCCCGGAGCCUCAGGGACCCCCGAAGGCCCUUCAGACAGAGCCGGGACCUGGACUCCGACGACGGCCGGCUGUCCCCGUCGGUCCUCCCGGGCCACCGGAGGGCCUCUCGGGGCUCCGGAACCAGCACCCCGGACCGGAGGAGCGACGGGGACCUGAGCUCCGACCACGAGGACUCCUCAUCUGCAGACUUUAACUACAACACUGAUGGCUACGAGGGCGAUGGGGGGGAGGACGGGAAGUCCCAGGACGGGUCCGAGACGCUGCCCUUCAUUGACGAGUCCCCCACCAUGUCCCCCCAGAUGGGCGGACCCCAAGGACCUGACGGAGACAUGGUGUCUCCCACGCCGCCAGAUGGACUCCUGCCCGGGGGUGAUGCAGACAAAGGUCUGGAGAUGAAGAGGCUGGUUCUGUCCGGGUUCUUGGCCAGUGAGGAGAUCUACAUCAACCAACUGGAGGCGCUGCUCCUGCCCAUGCGUCCCCUCAGAGCCACCGCCACCACGUCCCAGCCCGUCCUCACCCUCCAGCAGAUCGACACCAUCUUCUACAAGAUCCAGGACAUCUUCGAGAUCCACAAGGACUUCUACGACGCCCUGCUGCCCCACAUCCAGCACUGGGACCACCAGGGGACGGUGGGACACCUGUUCCAGAGGCUGGCCAGUCAGCUGGGCGUGUACAAAGCCUUCGUUGACAACUACAAGGUGGCGCUGGAGACGGCGGAGAAGUGCAGCCAAGCAAACCUGCAGUUCCAGAAGAUAUCUGUGGAUCUGAAGGUGAAGGGUCCCAAAGACUCCAAGGACUGUAGCACCACCGUGUCCAUGGAAGCUCUGCUUUAUAAACCCAUUGACCGCGUCACCAGAAGUACCCUGGUCCUGCACGACCUGCUCAAACACACCCCUCCAGACCACCCAGACUUCCCCCUCCUUCAGGACGCUCUGCGCAUCUCUCAGAACUUCCUGUCCUCCAUUAACGAGGAGAACCUGGACCCUCGGAGGACGGCAGUGACCACGCCCAAAGGAGAGGCCCGUCAGCUGGUAAAGGAUGGUUUCCUGGUGGAGGUUUCUGAAAGUUCCAGGAAGCUUCGUCACAUCUUCUUGUUCACUGACCUCCUACUCUGCGCUAAGAUGAAGAAGACGGCUGUGGGGCGACACCAGCAGUAUGAGUGUAAAUGGUACCUCCCUCUGGCGGACCUGGCCUUCCAGACGUCAGAUGAGUCCGACUCCUGCCCCAGCGUCCAGGUUCUGCCCGAACACGAGAUCGAGGAGAUGAAGAUCAAGAUCUCUGUCCUUAAGAGUGAGAUCCAGAAGGAGAAGAAGGCGCCAAAGGGUCAGAGUCGUGUCGAACGUCUGAGGAAGAAGAUGAAUGAACAGGAGUCGUGGCUGCUCAUGCACUCUCCCACCAUCCCCUUCCGCAUCCACAACAAACACGGGAAGAGUUACCUCUUCCUUCUCUCCUCUGACUAUGAGCGCUCUGAGUGGAGGGAAACCAUCCAGAAACUGCAGAGGAAAGAUCUACAGGCCUGUGUUCUGACCUCUGUGGAGCUGCAGGUUCUGACCAGCUCCUGUUUCAAACUGAGGACGGUCCACAACAUCCCCGUCACCUCCAACAAAGACGAUGAAGAGACUCCAGGUCUAUACGGGUUCCUCCAUGUCAUCGUCCACUCGGCCAAAGGAUUCAAGGAGUCGGCCAAUCUCUACUGCACCCUGGAGGUCGACUCCUUUGGAUACUUUGUCAGCAAAGCCAAGACCCGGGUUUUCAGAGACACCACGGAACCGCAGUGGAACGAGGAGUUUGAGAUCGAGUUGGAGGGUUCCCAGUACCUGAGGAUCCUCUGUUAUGAGAAGUGUUACGACAAGAGUAAACUCAACAAGGACGACAACGAGAUAGUUGACAAGAUCAUGGGCAAAGGCCAGGUCCAGCUGGACCCUCAGACGGUUCAGUCCAAGAACUGGACCAUGGACGUCAUCGAGAUGAACGGGAUCAAAGUAGAGUUCUCCAUGAAGUUCACCAGUCGGGACCUGAGCCUGAAGAGGACGCCGUCCAAAAAACAGAGCGGAGUGUUUGGAGUCAAGAUCAGCGUGGUCACAAAGCGGGAGCGCUCCAAGGUGCCUUACAUCGUCCGCCAGUGCAUCGAGGAGGUGGAGAAGAGGGGCAUCGAUGAGGUGGGCAUCUACCGCAUCUCAGGGGUGGCCACGGACAUCCAGGCCCUGAAGAGCGCCUUUGACACCAAUACCAAAGACAUCCUGGUGAUGCUCAGCGACAUGGACAUCAACGCCAUCGCAGGAACGCUGAAGCUGUACUUCAGAGAACUGCCAGAACCGCUGCUGACGGACCGCCUCUACCCGGCCUUCAUGGAGGGCAUAGCUCUAUCCGACCCUGCUGCCAAACAGAACUGUAUGAUGCACCUGCUGCGAUCUCUGCCAGAACCCAACCUGAUGACCUUCCUGACCCUGUUAGAGCACCUGAAGAGGGUGGCCCAGAAGGAGCCCAUUAAUAAGAUGUCCCUCCAUAACCUGGCAACCGUGUUUGGCCCCACCCUCCUCAGACCGUCGGAGGCGGAGACUGCCAAGGGUCAGCACAUCACCUCUGCUUCGGACAUCUGGUCACAUGACGUCAUGGCACAGGUCCAGGUCCUCCUCUACUACCUUCAACAUCCUCCCAUCUCCUUUGCUGAACUCAAGCGCAACACGCUCUACUUCUCCACUGAUGGUUAACCCCGCCCCCCCGUCCUCAGGGCAGCGUCUGGAGUCGAGGAGCGGUGUCAGGGGCGGGGUCUUCCUGCCUCACCUGGUCCCGCUCAUCCGGCCCGGUCCCGCAGUCGUCUCGUCUCAUGUCGUGUUUGUAAAGUGUACAGAGCGGAGCUGGCCCCGCCCCCACCUUCCACUCACUGGACCGCAGGGCAUUCUGGGAGGUGGGAGGGUUCGGAGGCCCCGCGGGACCACGCCCACAUCCAGGUUUUCCUCUCAGAGGCUGGUCAGGUGACCUCCAGCUCAGCGCUCUGUCCAAUAGGGAUGAUCCAGGACGUGUGUGUGCGUGUGUGUGUGUGCGUGUGUGUACAGUUCUGUGCAUCUAGACCAGUUCUGUCAAACUCAUGUUAGUUCAGUUUGAUCUGCAGUGGGCCGAAGCAGUAAAAUACCAGUGAAA